CCCAGCUGGCUCGCGGUGGAGGGAAAUCAGCGACCGGCGUUUUUCUCACUUCGCCGCCUGGGGAGAGUCUUGGAAACUAGCAAGAGUCCAGCUCAGGAUCCGGACAAACGAGAGCCCUGGACGCGUGGAGAAAGUGACCGGGAAGCGGGUCCACUCCGGGAGCCCGUCCUCUCCCGGGUCCGAGCGAGACUCGCGGGCUGCCCCUCGCCAGGCUUCCCAGAGAAAGUAACUUUUCACGUGUUGGAGGAAGCUGCUCCGGGAGCGAGAAGAAUCUGACAUUUGAUGGAGCAAAGCGACUCCUCCCUGUUUCCCCAGCCAUCCAUCACUUCAACAACUUAAAGUUUUGGGGCGUGGUGACACCCAGGAGGAGCGCGGCGUUCCUGGCCAGGUGGAGCCCCUUCACGGUCCUAGGGGCCGGCUCCUGGGUGCAUGCGUGCGCCGGCGGCGGCGCGAGGUGCGUGGUCCUGCGCGUGCAGGCUCGGCCGUGCCCCGAGUGGAUGGCCCCCACGACCUGUGCGGGGCCUCCGCCUCCGCCUUCUCCACAGCCCUGGGCCUGGCCUGGGAAGAUGCUAGCUAUGGGGGCGCUGGCAGGCUUCUGGGUCCUCAGCCUGCUCACCUAUGGUUACCUGUCCUGGGGUCAAGGCUUGGAGGAGGAGGAGGAAGGGGCUUUGGGAGCGCAAGCUGGAGAGAGACCAGAGCCCAGCACACCUACCGCCUCCCAGCCCCACCUGAUCUUCAUCCUCGCGGAUGAUCAGGGAUUUAGAGAUGUGGGUUACCACGGAUCCGAGAUCAAGACGCCCACUCUUGACAAGCUCGCUGCGGAGGGAGUUAAACUGGAGAACUACUAUGUCCAGCCCAUUUGCACGCCAUCCCGGAGUCAGUUUAUUACUGGAAAGUAUCAAAUACACACCGGACUUCAGCAUUCUAUCAUAAGACCAACGCAACCCAACUGUUUACCUCUGGACAAUGCAACUCUACCUCAGAAGCUGAAGGAGGCUGGAUAUUCAACACACAUGGUUGGAAAAUGGCACUUGGGUUUUUACAGAAAAGAAUGCAUGCCCACCCAAAGAGGAUUUGACACCUUUUUCGGUUCCCUUUUGGGAAGUGGUGAUUAUUAUACACACUACAAAUGUGACAGCCCCGGGAUGUGUGGCUAUGACUUAUAUGAAAAUGACCAUGCUGCCUGGGACCAAGACAAUGGCAUCUAUUCCACACAGAUGUACACUCAGAGAGUGCAGCAAAUCUUAGCCUCUCAUAACCCUGCAAAGCCCAUAUUUUUAUAUAUUGCCUACCAAGCUGUGCACUCUCCACUGCAAGCCCCUGGCAGGUAUUUUGAGCACUACCGAUCCAUUAUCAACAUCAACAGGCGCAGGUACGCUGCCAUGCUUGCCUGCUUAGAUGAAGCAAUCCACAAUGUGACCCUGGCUCUCAAGACAUAUGGGUUCUAUGACAACAGCAUUCUCAUUUACUCCUCAGAUAACGGUGGCCAGCCCACAGCAGGAGGAAGCAACUGGCCUCUCAGAGGCAGCAAAGGGACAUAUUGGGAAGGCGGGAUCCGGGCUGUCGGCUUUGUGCACAGCCCACUUCUGAAGAACAGGGGGACAGUGUGUAGGGAGCUCGUGCACAUCACUGACUGGUACCCCACUCUGAUCUCACUGGCCGAGGGACAGAUUGACGAGGACAUUCAACUGGACGGCUAUGACAUCUGGGAGACCAUAAGUGAGGGCCUUCGAUCACCCCGAGUAGAUAUUUUGCACAACAUCGACCCCAUUUACACCAAGGCGAAAAAUGGCUCAUGGGCGGCAGGCUAUGGGAUCUGGAACACUGCAAUCCAGUCAGCCAUCCGGGUGCAGCACUGGAAGCUGCUCACGGGGAACCCUGGCUACAGUGACUGGGUGCCCCCACAGGCGUUCAGCAACCUGGGGCCCACUCGGUGGCACAAUGAACGGGUUACCUUGUCCACUGGCAAGAGUGUGUGGCUCUUCAACAUCACAGCGGACCCCUAUGAGCGGGUGGACCUCUCCAGCAGGUACCCCGGCAUCGUGAAGCAGCUCUUGCGGAGGCUCUCACAGUUCAACAAAACCGCAGUGCCGGUCAGGUACCCCCCUAAGGACCCCAGAAGUAACCCUCGUCUCAACGGAGGAGUCUGGGGCCCCUGGUAUAAAGAAGAGUACAAGAAGAAGCAGCCGAGCAAAAAUAAGGCUAAAAAAAAGCACAAGAAAAGCAAGAUAAAGAAGAAAAAACAGCAGAAAGCAGGCUCAUUUCCAAAUUGCCAUUCAGGUGUAUCUCAUGGAUAAGAAGUAAUUUCCUAGGUCCAGCAGAUGGCAUAAUGGUUAAGUCGCUGGACUUCCACAUGACUGGCCAGUUCAAGUCCCAGACCG